AUGUUUAGGCCCCCACCAGGAACUGAACAACAACUACCAACUCCAACAGUUCAGCCUAGCUCAAGCACAACCCGAAAAAGCGAAAGGGAAAAUGUAGAUCUUGGAUACUCUCUUGUUUCUGGUAGCAAUGCCUUUGUGGACUUGCAAGAGGUCCUCGGAAAUGAAGAAUUUCAAGAAGUUUCGACUGCCUACAAUGACGCCUCGCGGUUUGCUUCGUCAAAAGGAGAUGCUGAGAGCCUUAUUGCAAAGCUACCUCCGAGAACUGUUAUCGAAGCUUUGGUCAAAAUAUUCUUCGAUGAAGUGAAUUCUCAUUACUUUAUUCUCGAGGAGUUUUAUUUUAAUGAGCUUUUUUCACGAUGGCCACGAAAUGAAGGCAUAGAACCGGUUAAAUACCUGAGUUCCGUACAGCUCUCGGCAGAACUAAGAUACUUUCCCGCUUUGCUUUUCCAAAUCAUUGCUCUAUCGCUGCAAUUUCUACCACCUGAUUGGAAGAUUUUAUCCGGUUCGUCAUAUGAACUGUCUACUUCACGAACGUAUAGCGAUCUUGGUGACAGAUUGCUAUAUGUUUUGGAGAGACCUGGGCUUGCCAUAACUGCAAUCCAAGCAGACUUUCUGAGAUCAUCGUGGUUAAAAAACUGGGGGCGAGCUGUUGAAGCUUGGCAUACCAUUGGAUAUGCUAUAAGACUUGCACAAGAACUGGGAUUGCAUAGACAGAAAGAAAUAUACCAGUUAAGCAAAACUGAUCUAAAAGACACGCUGAACUUGUUUUGGUACGAGCAAAACAAGAAGCGCUUGUGGAUCAAUCUUUUUGUAUGGGAUGGAUACAUGGCUAUGAUUCUGGGCCGCCCUCGAAUGAUCCAUAUGGACGACUGUGAUGCACAGCCUCCCAUGGAUUGCAGCAUACCCGAAGAUCCCUCUUCGGCUGUGCCAAUGACAGUGCGCCUCGAUGACAGCCCUAACAUCUCAACUGCUUCAGCGCCUCUUUUUCGCUAUGCCCUUGCUUGCAAAGUACAUGAGAUGCGGGCUCUCAAGGCUGAUCGCCCUCGUCCAAAAGACUAUUCGGUUGUCCAAACGCUCCAUAAAGACAUACUAUCGCUAGUGGAAACGUUGCCAACGUAUUUGAGACAGAAGAACCCAGACACUACCUGGGACCAGGAUCAUCCAUAUCUGCCGCAGCUUCGCGAAGAACUGCAAGUCAUGGCAAAUUUGUUCCUCAUGACAUUGCAUCGACCACACAUUAUAUCCAAUUUGGAGAGCCGAAAAGCUGCUUUGCAGGUAUCGCUUGAGACGCUUGAUUGCCAGCUAAUAUCUUUUGCACAAGCCAAACAACAUCAGUAUCAUCUAUUUGGUCUGGCCUUUUAUACUAUUGAGGCUUCAGUCCUUAUCUCCAUUAUUACGAUUUUAUUCCCACCGCAAAACCAUGGGGUUAAGCAAAAGGUCAGCCAUAGCCUUCAACAAGCAAUUGAGAGUCUCUCCGAUAUGAAGCCUUUCAACCCAAUAGCUGCUUCGGGCUUAGAUAUAAUCCGACGUUGUAAUCAAAAGAUUAGGACAAUAACAGAGCCGCCCAUAAGUGUAUCUGAUGCAAGAUCAGCUCCAUCGGAGACUCCGGUAAAUGUCUUCAAUACUUUGAUGGUCGAUCUCAACCAAGAAGAUCUUGGCCAAUCUCAAACUUCGCAACUGGGAUCCUUUCAGCCCGACUUAACUUCCGAACAAGCCUCUUCAAUCAAUUUUCCACGUACUUUUCCAAACGACUUUGGUCCAACGUAUUGGCUAGAUCAGUUGAGUGCUAUUGAUCAAUACAUUUCUGAUCAGGAUUCUGGUAACCUAUGGGAAAGCUUUGUGUUUGAUCCAUGA